GCCCCUCCCAGGUAGGAGCGCGGGGGCGCGGCUGUCACCGCGCCCGGCCGGGCUGUCCCCCCUCCCUGCCUCGGGGACCGCGGCGAGCCCGGCGGUGGUGAGCCCGCUUUGCCACCGCGUCCGCGGUUGCCGGGGCUGCCGCUGUUCGGAUGCUGACAGGCACCGGCCUCCAAACAACCCGCCCGUGUGCCGGGCCCCCUCCCCGCCCCUCCCGGCCGCGCUCGCCUUCCCGGGAGCGGCUCCGAGCAGCCCGGCAGUGUUGCCUGGAGAGGGAGCGAAACCGACGCGCGGUACCGGCCGCCCCGUCCCUUACGGAGGAGCCGCCGCCGGGGUCCGAGCGCUCCGACCGGACACUGGCGAGGGCCCUGGCAGCGGCCGCAAGACAUGCACUGCGAGCUCGCCGCGGCUCAGAAAGACAGCGCCCGCCUCGAGGUGACCGACAAAUGCCAGGGAGCGCCUCGGAAGGAUCUGCCGCGGGUGACUCGUCCCGGCGCUGGUAAAGCUCACUUGAAUCCUCAGAUGUCCUUUAAAGUAUCUGUCGGCAACAGCAGUGACCACACGGAGCCUCAGCAGAGCCCACCUGAAAUGUCAGCACCUCUGCUAGAUUUCCUCCCCAAACGACCCAGCAUAUUCGAGAGGAUUCCGAUUCUGCCCCGGGCGCAGGAGCUGCGAUGCGCUAGAGGCUCGAAAGAUUAUUUCCAGCAGCAGAAACAUCAAAGCGUGAAGGUGAACGGCAGCUACAAUCACUGCAGUUUGAUCUCUGAGAAGAAGAACAUGGUGGACAUGGAGAUGACGAGUGGCUCGGUGCCUGUGUGCAGGCAAGGUCUGUUGCUCCACGCGGGGAACUCGCUGGUGCGGGAGCACGCGCUGUCCCGGGAGCGGCUGCUGCACGUGGGCCAGCUCAGCCUGGCGCACCCCGACCUCAGGUCACCCAGGUUUCAAGACUCAGUAGAUUCUGCUGCUCCAUGCCUGAAUGGAAGUCACCCGGCUCAGCACAUUAAACAAGAAUGCCCCAGUGAUUAUAAGGUUCUGUCUGAGGCUUCCACACAUAGGAGGAUUACAGAGGGGAUGGAGCUGAGAGCCUCCGGUAGUCUGCAUCCUGAACUAGACCUAAUGAAUAAUAGCUUUACAAAUUCACUUUCAUCCUACUUGUUUAAUAAUGAACACAGCUCCUCCCUGGGUCCUUUGUCACUUGGCACCCCUCAGCACUCAGCCAGGCUACAGACAAGCAACCUGAAGAAGAGAUGCAUCUCUGUUGUGCCGUCUUCAGCCGAAGGAAUCGAUAUUACAGCGAUCAUCCGCACGUCGCAGACGUCACUGGUCACCUGUGUGAAUGGACUGCGAACUAACUCAGCUGGCAUUUCCUCUCAUCCUGUGGAGAUCAGUCAUCACAGCACUCAGAAAUCCUCUCAGCCCCAGUCUUGCUCUCAGCCUGGAAACCCUUGCAGUAUUCCCUCCCCUCCAGCAUGUCUUGUACCUCUUUCCACUGAAUGUGACAGAGGUGACUGUGAGCAGAUACAAAUGCAGCAAGUCGAGGAGAAUGGCAGCCUCAGCCUUAUGAUGAAUGGUACGAGCCUUCCUCACCAGAACUCCUCACACGGCACGCAGAAGGUGAGUUUCUUAAAACAAGAACCAGCUGACGAUUAUUCCUCCACUGCUGAUCUUUUUUGCCAUCACCAGGGGCUGCCUCCCCCUUACCACCUCCACCAGCAGCUCAGCCAGACCCCGGGGACAUUGCCUCACCUCAACGCCUCCAUGUCUCCCAAGUCCCUGCAGCCCAGCGAUGGCGAUGAGCAGGAGCUCAGCAGUGGCAAGCAGGUCUGUCAGUGGAUUGACUGCAGUGCCACUUAUGACCAACAAGACGAACUGGUCAGACACAUAGAAAAGACUCACAUUGACCAGAGGAAAGGAGAGGACUUCACUUGCUUCUGGGCAGGCUGUGUCCGCCGCUAUAAACCCUUCAAUGCUCGUUACAAACUGCUGAUUCAUAUGAGGGUGCACUCUGGAGAAAAACCAAACAAGUGCAUGUUUGAAGGGUGCAACAAGGCAUUUUCUAGGCUUGAGAACCUCAAGAUUCACCUCCGGAGUCAUACUGGGGAGAAGCCAUACCUGUGCCAGCAUCCUGGCUGCCAGAAAGCUUUCAGCAACUCCAGUGACCGGGCAAAGCACCAGCGGACACACCUGGAUACCAAGCCCUACGCCUGCCAGAUCCCCGGCUGCUCCAAGCGCUACACCGACCCCAGCUCCCUGCGCAAGCACGUCAAGGCUCACUCGGCCAAAGAGCAGCAGGUGCGUAAGAAGCUAAAGUCUUGUACUGAUAUUGAACAAGAUGUACUCAGUGAAUGCUUAGCUAUCCAACAGCUCCACACAUCUUCACAGCACAUCCUGGAUGGGAAGUGUGGCAGAUCUGUAGGUCCUCAUGAUUUAAUUACAGGCAUGUACAGUGGAUCCAGCACCAACCACAAUGGCCCCUCCCCAGCUGUGCUGCCUCCUCCUCAUGACAUUCCUUCCAGGCACCUUCCCCUCGACUCUGCCCUGUCCAGCCCACACCAGCACCAGUCGCCGCUGGAGAGUGCCAGGGACGGGCUUGCUCCCAACAUAAUCUCUCCACUUGUCAGCCCCCUGAAAGCUUUAGUUCCACCUUCCCUCUUGCAGAAACAUGGCUCUCCAUCAUCCCACAGCCAGUCACCCAACGGGCAGCAGUUUUCUGGAAUACCAAAUACACCAUACGCCCCAUUUCCCAACCAGUCUGUACAGCAGGGAUCUCAAGGUUACCAAGGCAGCUUUCACUCCAUACAAAACUGUUUCCACUACGGAGAUUGCUACAGAACAAUGGACCAGUCUGUCAGCAGUGAUGUGCUCACAGGGGAAUCCCAUUGCUUCAAUCCUCUGAGGCAGAAUGGCUAUCACAUACUCAAUGCACCUUUAGCUUCAACAGGCUAUGAGGGGAUCUCUGAAGCCCAGUGUGUAUCUGAAGACAUGGUCUCCAAUGGAACGGAUGAAAAUGGAUUCUUCCAGAACAGUGCCUUUGAUCACUGCUUGAAUCACAUUCCUUCCAUCUACACAGAUACCUAAGAGCAGUGCUGGCCUUGUUUCCUUUAUUAUACCUAUAACUGCGUAUGUAAUAACAAAGGUGUUGUUCAAGUACUUUUAUUUAGUCUGUAUCCCUAUAUGUGCUCAUUUAAAUGAACACCUCACAUUUACCAAACCAUUUUAUACAUGAAUAGUCUGUAUAAGAUAAUAUUGGAUCCUGUUCCUUUGCUGUGGCACUUUGAAAUUCAUGCUUUAAGGGAAUGAGGAGUAUUUCAAGCAGCUUGUUUUGUAAGUUCUCUCAGUAAAGUGUAAAUGUAAGUUAUAUAAUAAACUUGUAAAGAAGAUGUUUUCCUUCUUGGAAAGUAUGCUUCAAUUUGAGAAUGUUGUUCCCUUUAAUCAGUUUUCAUUUAACUUGUUGGUUCGGUCUUCCCUUUUUUUUUUUUUUUUUUUUUUAACUGAAAGGAUUUUUUUAAUGAGAGACCUCAUGUAUAUAAAGAUCUACAUUUGCUCAGCUGGUUUUGUAUUUUCAAUUUUACAAGAAAGCAUUAAAAACUGGAAACAAGUGUACUGUCAUUUCUUAAAACCACUGGGCUCCCUGGUACUGCAUUCCUAACAUGCCUGAGAGGUAUUUUAACAAAGCAGUGACAUCUCAGUCACUCUGACAUUAAAACAGCCCACCUUUAUGUGAACAAAACCAAGGGGCUUCCAUUGGAACAGGGUCCCCUGCAGUAGUUUGGUUCCCUGUCACUGUGGCCCUGGCCCCACUGGGCUGCACUUCCAGUGUGGUGAUGAUUCCCCCAGUGUGUGCCAGGCAGGCCUGUUAGAGCUGAGCUCCUCAAAGUGUGCCAUGCCUCUGGGAGAACAGCAAGGAAAAACGAACUGGAGGGGAAAAAAAGAAUUCUCAUUUACAAACCAUUGCAAGUUGGGCUUAUAAAGGGCUGUCCAGAGCCUGCAUCAGUCCAUGUCUGUUCUCUUACAGAGUUAGCCAGGCUGCCACAGGGCACUGCUGAAAAGCCCAGACUGGGUUGAACCCACGCUGUGGCUGGGAAGGUACUUUUCUUUUUUUGUCUCUUCUCAGAAGUGUGGGACACAGCUCAGGUCCCGCAGGGUGCCUGUGUCCCAGUUCCAGGAUCUCUGGUGCCCCUGUGGCUCUCCUCAGCCCCUGCAGCCUCUGCAAACACAGAAACUCCCCCCAUGCAGAGGCUGGUCCAGGGUAACCAGAGCCUACAUGGUGCACUUGUUUCUCCAGGGCCUGGUUGCACCUUGUUAGUGCAUUUGAAGGGGUCUCUGUAUCCAAUUUAGCUUUCUGUUCUCAAGAAAUUUGAAUGAAACUUAGACAUUCAGGAAGUUUUAGUCACUGCAGAACAAGGUUUAUGGGGUUACAUGACCCAACCCCCCCGUUUUAGCAAGGGUUCCUCAAGCUCUCUGGCUCUCAAGGACACCCAGUGCCAGCUGCAAACCCAUUAAUUGUGGCCAAGCAGCCCUGGCAGCACUGACUCAUCAUUCCUCUCCUAGAACUGAAAUGCAGAAAGGCUCCAAAUUGUGCUCUAAGCCUACACAUGUGGCUUUGCUUCUGAUCACGGCCACAUUUGGCUUUCGUCCUGUUUAUUUAUUCUGAUGGCUCAGAGUUGGGGUUUUUUUGGUCUCAGACAUAAGUGGGCAGAACUCUCUCCCAGAACAUUAAACAAGGAGGCAGGUAGCUUAACAACUGCCAAGCAGGAAGAAUUAGGGCUUCUGAAGGAAGACUUACAAAAAUAUCCAAAGCCCAACAAAGCUGUAAUGUCUGAGACAAAAAUCAAAAUAAUUCCUGUGCUGCAAUUAGUUGGAAACAUAGAAAGGAAAUCAUGACUUAAAAACAAGAUUAAUUCAAUUUCCUAAAAAUUAAAUAAAUUCUUCUAAAAACAGGGGUUUUUUUUUGGUUUUUUUUUGGUUUUUUUUUUUUUUUUGUCACAAAUAUAAACCAACCAAUCCUAAACAUAUUUGAUCAAUUACAAAAAUUCUUAUGUCACAACAACCAGGCUGCUCAAAACCACACAAUGAUUCACAAAGGUUUGGGAAACUUAAAGCAUAGCAGCUGGGGUGAUGAUUUAAUUCCACAAUCUGUGUGAAUCAGGUUUUCUGUAAAUUAAAAGGACAGAUUCAGAGAAAUGCAAAAGCACUUGUUUGAGUCUGUAUGGUUUGGAAAGUUAUCCAUAAUAAAGCCAGUAAAAUACACAAUAGCACAAGUUAAUGGUUACUUGUGUGCUGUGUACCUUAUUAUUUCCUUUUAUUACAUACAAGUAGGGAAGUAUCUCAUGUAAGCUUUUCCCAAAAACACAAAGAAACCUUUCAAUGGAAUUUAUUGCUUGGCAAGUUUCUCAUUGUGGUGCUGUAAAAACACCAACAACUAAUAUGUAUAAAUAACUGGGGUAAGGCUUUAUAUAUAAUAGUAGAAAAUUAUUACCCUGUGGAAUUAAAAUGGAACUGCUGGUUCCAGUUGACUGUCAGAUAGUUUUUCAAUCUAAACAACAGAAUUCAACUAAUAAAUUACACUAUUUGAAAAAUAGCUACAAAUCAUUUCCCCAGUGAAUGCAAACCCCAUUUACCCCUGUGCAUGUACUCUGUGUGUGCAGGACACUUUAGAAACAACUGAAAUAAGAUGACCUUCAGUGGCUCAUCAAGCUGGGAGAUAGAAAAUUAAUUUCAAGUUGACACUGAAACAGCAAAGGCACUUCUCUGCACUCUCCACCAGCUGGGCUGGAAGCCAAACAUUCAGCAGGACUUCAAAGCUUUUAAUAUAAUCAAGCUCAGGCUUUUCAUUGUAUAGAAA